UUACCUAUUUUCAUCCCUAUGAGAAUGUACACAAUAAUACAAUCCCUGCAUUAAUAAUCAAAUUAAAACAAAAUCUCUUUGUACUUGAAUGUGUGCUUCAUGCGCAGCACUGCUCGUGCCAAUUCCAUGAUUUUAGGAAGUCUUUUUCACAGUCUUUGUAGACUUAGAGAAUACAUGGGAACUGCAAUUGGCGACUCAUCUUUCGAGGGUGGGGAAAAGACUUGUGCGAAGACUAAAUUAUACAUGAUCUUCAAGUGGCUAUAACCAUUCUAUGAUGACUAAUGAGAGUAGCCCGGCCGGGGGAAGGGGGAAUUCAUUACUACACUGUGUACAUGUACAUCAACACACUGUUGCAUGAUCUGCCUACAGUGUUUGUACGUAGUAGUCAUCGGUAUAUCGGCCAUUUUGUAAUCAGUUUAUUGUUUUGACUACUGAGUGAAGAAGACAUGGAUGUUGAAAUGAAGCAGUUUGCACGAGAGAAGGUCUGCUGAUGCUGCUCCUUGUAGGUGGUUACAAUGCCAGGUUAAUGAUUAAGUCCAAGACAAGCAUGUGUGGACAGAUAUUGCGUCUUCAGUCAACGCCCGAACGUAACAGAUGUUCCUGAUGCUGCUACCACUUCAAGGCCAGUUCCCAUCUCUAUGCAAACCAGGUUUUGAUAUGAAGUAGCAGUUGAGUUGGAAAGAGCAAGCGAAUUGUGCUUUCUUUAGUGAAGAUUCACGCUUGACGGGAAGUUUGUUGAACCUUCGUACCUAUCUGGAGCAUCGGUAGGCCUGUGAUCACUGUCCUGUGAAUACAUUGUAUUUGAUGUCCCAGGAAAACAUUUGGAUACGGAAUGUGUUGAUAAAGCUGUGGCUGUGACCAAUUGAAAAGAGAUUGUGUCAUCCUAGAGAGAGUUGUGUUGAUCUGCUCUAGUCCUUAAGAAUACCUGCAUGUAAGCGUGUCUUUGACAACAAUAACAGUCAAAAUGGUUGGUCAACUCAGACUGAAGCCACACAUUGACCAAUGGGAAGGAGAUGAUGAAGUCACAUUCUAUGCUGCUAAUGUCCAAAGACCAAAUGAGCUUCGUGACUUGGCAUCCACCUCCUCUUCAUCCUCGAGUUCUUCAGACCUCUCUGGCAGUGGGGAUGGCUUGCAGAACAGCAACACUGCCAAUGAGGUUUUAGAUGCCUUGCGUUCAAGGUCAGAUUCAUGUACUCUAGCUGAAAGCAAGGAUCAUGUGAAGGUUCACCCCUUCUGGCUGAGGAUAGGCAAGAUCAUCUCCAAUGUGCCAUUCAGCGUAGUAACUCUAGUCAUUGUAAGUGCUGUAUCCCUUCUCUUGGGGACACUGGCUGUUUUGGUUGUUAAACCUGCGCCUCAGUGGGACAAGUCGCUUGAUGCAUUUGAGAUUCCUAACCAUCCGUCCACUUUCAAACGCGAGAUGCUCAACUUGGCGCAGAAGGAUAAUAGUGUUCCAAAAAGACAAAAGCGAAGCCUGUUUGAGUCUCCAGCAAGGCUAGGUGAGUUGAACGUAAAUGAUCGUACUAUAAAAAAAUAUGGAAGGUAUUCAAAACAUAUGAGGAGUUCUCACAAGGAACAUAUCAAGACAAAACUUAGCCGCCACAAAGAGUCAGGGGUAGACCUUCCAGAAGAUGUAUUUAGUCCAAUUCCUUCCAGUCAUAUAUUGGAUAUCAACAAGCAAUUUGCUCAUCGCAAUCAAGAACUCAACAAAGACAAUAAUCAACUCAAAGAAGAGCAUAAAAGCCUUCAUGCUGAUGGUACAACUAAAAAGAGCUUAAGUGUAAAUUACUCUAGAACAUUGAAUGAUGAAACAAAGGGGCACAACAUCAAUAAGCGUUCCGCAGCACUCGCACCCCGUCCCCACUCCUGGCGUCUCCAGCUGGUGUACAUGGCAAAGGGGGAGGACGAGAACAUCUUCACACCUGAGCGACUUCAGACGAUCCAUGACAUUGAGAUGGACAUCAUGAAGCAGCCAGGUUUUACCAGAUUCUGUUCACGAUCUUCCCACUCGAUCGAUGAUCCAGCGUUGGCCGGGGUUGGCCACUGUCUGCCUCCAAACUCGCUCAUGACGUACUUCUUUCCCUCACAAGUUGGUGACAUGGUUCGUUAUGAUGGGAUGGGCAAUGAACUAGCGGAUAUCGACGGUACACUGAAAAUGGCAAUGGCCCACCAAACCUUCUACUGGUUCGUAGACACGCACAUGAACAGCACGAGCCGGAGGUCAAAGUUCAUACGAACAGAGGUGUGGUUUGGCCGACCUCAUAAUAAUAUGACGAACAUCAAAGCGUAUGAAGAGUACAAAAAGUUUAUCUUCACUUACAUCAAGCUUUUAGACAAGAAGUCUACAGACAAAGUCGACGUCUUGUACGGCGGCACUGAGAUCUUUGACCAGGAGGUAUCCAUGACCAUCUACCACGAUGUCCUUCUCUCCAUCCCGACCUUCAUCGCAAUCUUUGUUCUCCUCUUCGUCUUUACGUCCUUCUCGCUCUGGCUUACGAUCUGCGGUCUUCUGAGUAUCGUCUUCAGUUUCUGCCUGGCCUAUUUUUGCUACCAUGUCUUCUUCGGGAUUGAAGCACUUGGUCUCCUCAAUGUUGUCUCUGUCUUUGUGAUAAUCGGAAUUGGUGUCGAUGAUGUUUUUGUGUUUGUGAACACUUUCCGUCAAGCUGACUCCAUCAAAGACCCCGCCCUCAGAAUGGCUCAUACCAUUACCACAGCGGGGGGUGCCACUUUCUUUACUUCCAUCACAACGGCAGGGGCAUUUGGAGCCAAUAUGGCCUCCCAGAUUCCAGCUAUUUAUGAUUUUGGUUUGUUUAUGAUGUUACUUGUCAUCUUCUGUUGGUUGAUGGUGGUCAUGAUCAUGCCGUCGGCUCUCAACAUCUGGUGUCGUGCUCUCAACUGUGAACUCUCUGUCAUGCAGAAAUUCAAGAACAGGAAAAGUGCUAGCCCAAGUCAUCGGCGAGAUGCCAGUCUCUACAGGGUCCUGGCCCAGUACGAGAACCAGAGUGAGGCCAGGCCACCACUGGUCCAGGAACCGUGUCAUCAGGGAAUGACUGAGGUCCCAGAAAACCAUGUCCUGGAUGACAGCGAUAUACCUCUGUUGGACCUGGAGGAUGAGACGGAGGAACAGGGAUUGUUGACCGAUGAUGAAGAUGAUGUUCCUCUGCUAGAAAUAAGACCUGUCCCUGGUCCUGCAUCCUCCACGGAAACCAAAGAAUCAGCUAGUUUGACUGCUGCCCUCCAGAGGGCGCUUCAUAGAUUCAUUGCUAAACCAGUCAUGAAGGCCAGAUGGGUUGUCAUUGGGAUAUUCUGCAUCAUAUUUUGCAUCACCAUUGUCCUGGUAUCCCGCCUCCAGCCCGCCAGCCGUCCCCCAGCGCUCUACCAACCCGACACCAACCUCCAGCGGCUUCUGGACCUCGCCUACAACUUUAGUGGCAAGGAUAUCCGCUGUACCGAGUGCUCUGGGUUCGACCAGGGUGACUUACACCCCGUGGUACCUGUCCCAAAUGUUCCAAAGGUCCUCCCUGGGAUGCUGACCCCUAAUCCAGUCCUGCCCACCCAUCGGCCAGAGACCACUCUCUGGCCUCCGUCAGAGCCACAGAUACCGACGGUUGCUGGAGGGGGCGAUGGAGGGGGUGGGGAAGGGGGUGGAGCAGGGACUGAUGUAACAGUCGUUGGACCCCCUGGACAUCAGACCCCUCCUACCACUAGCAAACCAUCUGAGAGCUCUCCAACUCCGCCACCUAAAGGGCUUACGUGCCAGGAUGUUAAUCUUGUCUGUAAGUAUGGCUCCAUCUGCCAAGAAUCUAACGAACUGAAGGGAAGACCUCGCUGCGUCUGCAAGACAGAUUGCAACCAGUUAACGAUCGAUCCUGUGUGCGGGUCGGACGGGGAGACGUACGCCAGCGAAUGUCAGAUGCGGUCUUACGGGUGCAUGGAUAAGCGGGAAGUGACAGUGGCCAAGAAGGGAGUUUGCGAUGGUCCACCUAUCAUCCCACCAACACCUGAACAUCAUGAUGAAGUAUAUAUCGAUCCUUCCUCUCCGGGCAAAGGUUACGACCCCUGUGACACGAACAUCAUGUGUGGCAGUGUCGCGAGCAGACCUGUACUUGACAACAUGGCUACAGUCUUCCUGGUAUUUGGUAUCGAGGGUAUCAACAAGACGAAUGUUACGACACACCACGUACUCAAUGAAGAUAAGGGCACUGUCAUUUAUGACCUGGACUUCACGCCUCUCCGUGCUCAGACUGUGGGGGCGCUGUGUAAGAUCUGCAAGAUGAUCGGAAACAACCGAGACCUGGUCCUGGAUGGUGGGGCCGAGUGCUUCCCGUCCCAGUACUUCACCAUGCUUCAGAUCUACGGUUUGAAACUGCCCGAUGAGUGCAACGACAUCCCGCGACCUAAGCUCAUAGCAGGUCAAAGGUCACAUGCCAAGGCUCAUAUUAUCGGUCAUGAUCUAGUCUGGUUUGCCAUGGCUUUCGAGUCGAAAAUUUAUGAAGGCAAAUCAAGCUUUGAGGCCUACAAGGACUACAAUGCGUGGGAAAAGGCUAUUGUUAGAGUGAAAGAGAACCUGACGGAGGAUGAGAGAGCGGGUUUAAUGUCCGCUUUCCAGACGUGUGAUUACUGGGAGCAAGUCUUCAUGGAGAUCAUAGGUGUAACCAGUGCUAUAUACGGUGUAGCAUUCUCUCUUGUUGUCUGUGUCAUAGCUGUGGCUCUCUUCACCGCUCAUUUAACUAUCCUACUCAUAGCAUUCUUAACAAUAGCUGGUGUGAUCUUAGUGGUCGUUAGUAUGUUCUAUCUGUUAGGCUGGCAGAUGGGUGCCGUAGAAGCUGUAUCACUGUCUAUCCUCGUUGGUUCGUCCAUCGAUUACUGCAUCCAUCUUGUUGAGGGAUACCGGGUCGCUGGAGGACAGAUCAAGAUGGACUCUGGAAAGAGUACAAGACAAAUCCGUCAACAGCGGACCAUCCACUCCAUCAGUACCAUCGGCGUAUCCAUCCUAUCUAGCGCCCUCACUACCAUCAUCGCUGCGAUUCCGCUCUGUUUCACUACUGUCCAUCUCUUCGCUAAAUUCGGUCAGAUCGUGGCCCUCAACACCCUGGUGUCCAUUAUCUACACUCUGACGUCCUGCGCGGCCUUUCUCGGCUGCUUCGCUCCGGCCCGCUACAAGUGGAGCUGGCGCUGGUUGCUUCUGACAGUGGUCGUCGUCGGACUGGUGCUAGGGGCCGGUGUGGUGGCGCUCUUUGUCAUGCAUCAUCACGGCAUUACGAUACCUGGUCCGUCUGGAGACACGCUCUUCGGUUGAGAAUGUUUUCAUAAAACGUUGUAUUCCCCUCGAUGUGAUGAAUGGCUUAAAAUACAAGGCUCGAUAUUUUGUGUUAUAUUCAAAACUGAUAUUCUGAAAUUGCAUUGCAUAAAUGGCUUUAGUGAUUACAUGCUGACAAUGUUGUGCUUCAAACCUUGGUUUUAAAAUGCUGGCACUCUCAACUGGAGAAAUGGAUCAUUAUUUUUAUGCUUUAUUUAUUUAUUUUACAGAUUUUUAAUGAUUGUGUAUGGACAAGUAUACUAUGCUGCAAACUAGUCUUUGACAUGCAAUAUAUUGAAGUUUUCUUUUAGCCUUUUAGCAUUUGAGAAUGCUGGUAUUCUUUGAAAGUGAGCAAUGAUUAUCAAAAAGAUGAUAAUGCUUUGUUGCAAAGUAUAGAUAGAUGUGCUUGGAUAGCACAUGACUAUCAGCAAACAUAAACUGUUGUUGUUGGGGUUUUUUUCAUGUGAAUCAAUGACAACUUGCGUUGUUUCAUUGCAUUAUGCUUCAGAAAGCUACUCAUAAGUUGCACGACUGGUGACCCUUUCUUGUGCUAAAGGAUAAAUCCCUAUAUAGCUGACUUAGCACCUAAGAACAUGUUCCAGUGAUGACUGGUUACCCUUUCUUGUGCUUAAUGAUUAAUCCCUAUGUAGCUGUCUUAGCACCUAAGAACAUCUUCCAGUGAUGACUGGUUACCCUUUCUUGUGCUUAAUGAUUAAUCCCUAUGUAGCUGACUUAGCACCUAAGAACAUCUUCCAGUCAUGACUGGUGACCAUUUCUUGUGCUAAAUGAUAAAUCCCUAUAUAGCAGACUUAACACCUAAGAACAUGCUCCAGUCAUGACUGGUGACCAUUUCUUGUGCUAAAUGAUAAAUCCCUAUAUAGCUGACUUAACACCUAAGAACAUGCUCCAGUCACGACUGGUUACCCUUUCUUGUGCUAAAUGAUAAAUCCCUAUAUAGCUGACUUAACACCUAAGAACAUCUUCCAGUCAUGACUGGUGACCAUUUCUUGUGCUAAAUGAUAAAUCCCUAUAUAGCAGACUUAACACCUAAGAACAUGUUCCAGUCAUGACUGGUGACCCUUGUGCUAAAUGAAAAAUCCCUAUAUAGUUGACUUAACACCUAAGAACAUCUUCCAGUCAUGACUGGUGACCAUUUCUUGUGCUUAAUGAUCAAUCCCUAUGUAGCUGACUUAGCACUCAAGAACAUGCACCAGUUGAGCGUAAAGUGGUAUGUAACACACAACCCCAUGUGUGAUGAGAUAUAAAAGCAUGAAGCAAACUUCACCAAAAAGUGGAAGAAAGUUCCAUAGCUGAUGAAAUAUGGAAGGAAAUUCCCAGACCCCAUACAUUUUGAAAUGUAUAAUGUGUAUCUUGAGGGUAUGUGUUUAAUGUUAAACAUGUAUCAUUUGUUGGUAUUGUUAAAUUGAUUAUAUUGAUUGUUUCCCUCAACACAAAACUAAGUGAGUAGUUUGAUUUAAUUUUAUGAUCAAUUAUACAUUGAGCUCAAUGAUAAUAUAAUAAUAAUACGUAGGAUUUAUAUAGCUUCUUUUCCAUUUUGAUUAAAUGCUCAAGGCGCUUAGAGAAGAGCAAUUAAAACAAAGUAAAAAGGCACAUUACAAAUGAAGAAAAUGUCUUUCUUCAAAUCUAUUACCUGCUGGUGAACAAAUGCAAUUUAAGGUUGCCCUUGAAGGAUGUUGCAGAGUUCUUCAGUUCCUGCGGUAGUGAAUUCCACAGGGCUGGUCCGGCAUGAGCAAGGGCUCGAUCACCCGAGGAUAGUUUGGAUAGUGGAAUAUGUAUAGGAUUUGAAUGGGAUGUUCGCAGUGUGCAUACAGAUUGAUACUGAUGUAUUAGAGACUAGUUGCAAUGGGGUAUGGACCCAUUGAUAAUAUGAUACACCAGAAGCAGAAUUUUGAAAACUAUGUGAUCCAAUGGAAUCGAUCAUGUAAAAUGCAUCCUGUGAUCAACUACUAACAUUUGUGUUUCCAG